GUGGCGGCCGCGAGCUCCCCGGCGUCCCUUGCGCCACCUCCGGCAGCAGCGGCGGGGCCGGGGCCGCGGAGCCCUCCCGUGCCGGGCCAUGGAGCCGGUGCCCGUGCGGCGGUGGCAGAAGGUGCUGUACGAGCGCCAGCCUUUCCCCGAUAACUACGUGGACCAGCGGUUCCUGGAGGAGCUGCGGAAGAACGUGCACGCCCGGCAGUACCGGUACCAGGCCGUGGUCUUCCAGUCGGGAGCGGUGGUGCAGCAGCUGUGCAGCGUCUGCGUCUUCGUGCUCACCUGGUGGUACAUGGACGCCGGGGUGCUGAGCCCGCAGGGCCUUUUCGGAGCGGCGCUGGUGUCCUCCCUGCUCGGCUACGUGCUGUUCGACGCCGUGGACGGCGGGGCCGGGCGCUGGGCGAGCGGGCGGACGCGCUGGGCUGACCUCAAGAGCACGCUGGUGUUCGCCGCCUUCACCUACGGCUUCUCGCCGGUGCUGAAGACGCUGACCGAGUCCAUCAGCACGGACACCAUCUACGCCAUGUCGGCCCUCAUGCUCCUGGGGCACCUCAUCUUCUUCGACUACGGCGCCAACGCCGCCAUUGUGUCCAGCACGCUGUCCCUCAACAUGGCCAUCUUCGCCUCGGUGUGCCUGGCCUCGCGCCUGCCCCGCUCCCUGCACGCCUUCGUCAUGGUGACCUUCGCCAUGCAGAUCUUCGCCCUGUGGCCCAUGCUGCAGAAGAAGCUGAAGGCGCGGACGCCGCGCUGCUACGUGGCGGUGACGGUGCUCUUCGCGCUGGCCGCGCUGGCGGGGCUGACCACGGUGUCCAGCGUGGGCGCCGUGCUCUUCGCCUCGCUGCUGCUCGCCAUCUCCUGCCUCUGCCCCUACUGCCUCAUCCGCCUCCAGCUGCUCAAGGACAACAUCCACGGCCCGUGGGACGAGGCUGAAAUCAAGGAGGACCUCUCCAGGUUCCUCAUGUAGCCUGGCCCAGGGGGACUCUGCUGUGAGCAGUGAAAGGUCCUGGCUGGGGACCGAGGACACCUGAGCCAAUAAAGUCUCUCACACGGCAACAAGGACCACUCUUGUGUUCCCCCAGGAUCUGCUUCCAGCCCGGACUUGCGAGGGUGUGGUGAGGGAAGGAGCUGAGCCCUGCAGGGUGCAGGCGGGGAGGGUUCGGCUCUGGCCGUGCAGCCCCAGACCCGGGAGCAGGGGAUGUGUCCCACGGAGCGCCAGCCCCGGACCCUCAGGGGGUGCCAGGCGCUGCCCGGGGAGGGCUGGAGGGCAGGGCCCGGCCAGCUCGCUGGGCCAGGGGCGCUGGUGGAGCUCAGGGCCGAGCAGGACCAGAGCCUCCUCACCUGCACCGUGCCCUUGGGGUGCCAGAAUAGCCUCCCACCACCGCCAGACACCACCACCCUCAGUCCCUUAGGAGACGGGGCUGGGAGCGCAUCACGCCUUCCUCUCAUCUCCAGCCCCCUCCCAGAGGCAGGCCUGGCCUUGCUGCAGGGCCAGACCCCGCGGCAGAGAGAUGGAGCUCGGCACAGCCCCCGUGGGGGAUGCCAGGGCCCGUGAGCUCCCGCCCGAGCCCGCCUGUCCGGUGUCCUCUGUCCGGUGCCCGCCUGUCCGGCAGCGCUCACACCACAACAGAGGGCGCUCCCGGCAAACGAGUCCCGCUGGAGGCCUGGCCGGGACCGCAGCCCCGGUGCCGGGACCUGCCCUGUCCCUGUCCCUCGGCGAGCCCAGCCCUGCUCCGGCGAGCGGAGCCCCCCGGAGGGGCACCACGGAGCGAAGGGAUGCCCACACCUGCCCCAGCCCCAUCUCCCAGGGCUACAUUCGGCACCGCCCGGUGUUUAUGGAAUUUCUCUUUGGGAAAAGCUGCACGAGUGCAGCGUUCUGCUCCGUUUUCCGUCACGGCAGCUUUUCACGCGCUCCUUGGGCUUUCUCGGAAAUGAGCAACCCCCGGCGGAGUCCCCAACACCUCCAGUGCUUUGUUACUGCUCCUGCCAAGUGUAAAAUGUUGCUGCUGUCGUCGUGGCAACAACUACAUCUCAUUUUGCUUUUAAUUAAAACCUGCAGAAGUCUGGAGCCCGUGCUCAGGUCUCGCAGGGAGCACAGCGUAGCCAGAUGCUCAGAGUCAAGAUGACAUUUUUUAGCUCUGCAGAAAGGAGACUCUCUUUUCACAGGGGGGUUUCCCAGAAAGCUGCUCGGUGACCCCAGUGUCCCAUCUGACCCUGGGCUAAUGCCAGUGUAACGCUGCCAUCCCAAACAGAUUCACAGAGCCUGUUGGUAGAGGGGCAAGGCUGGAAUGUAAAUCAAAAAUAAACCAAAUCUCAUCUGCUUGGCCCUUGGCUAUCACAGCAGAGGCUGCAGGAAAGCAGUUUUUGUUGCACCCACUCCUCCAGGGGGAAAUACUUCCCCACAGAAAUACCUUUCCCAAAGUCACACUG